UGACACGAGACACUGACAGCAUCUUCCCUUGUACAAGAGGGUACAACACUGGGUUGUUGGCAUGUCAUUAGACCAGGAAAACUGCUACCUGUGUAAGGAGUCUCUCAGGGAUCCAGUGUCCAUCCCGUGUGGACACAUCUUCUGCUCCAUCUGUCUGAAGACAUACUGGGAUCACGCUGACCACACUGGUACAUACAUCUGCCCAGAGUGCAAGGUCACCUACACUAAGAGGCCCACCCCAAGACGCAUCGGAAGCUCCCGGCAAUCCACCAUGCAACGCAACUCUGAAGCCUUUCCACCUCCGCCUCCGUCUCCUGACUACAACUACGCAGGACCUCAGGAUGUAGGGUGUGACAUCUGCAUUGGAAAAAAGCACAAAGCUGUCAAGAGCUGCCUGAUGUGCCUGGCCUCCUACUGUGAUCGCCACCUCAAGCCCCACUAUGAGUCAUCCACUUUUAAAAGGCACAAGCUGGUGGAUGAGAUCGGUCACCUGGACAGACAGAUCUGUCCCCAGCAUCAGAAGGGUCUGGAGCUGUUCUGUCGGACAGACCAGAUGUGUAUCUGUGUGCUGUGUACAGUGAAGGAGCACAAAGGUCACGACAUGGUGUCUGCUGAGCAGGAGCGGGCGGAUGAGCAGCAACGACUGGGCGCCACCCAGGCAGAGAUCCAAGAAAAGAUUCAUGAUCGACUCAAGCAGAUGGAGGAACUGAAACAAGCAGUGGAAUCACUCAAGAGCUCAGCUCAUAGAGCGCUGCAAGAGUGCGAGAAGAUGUUCAACGACAUGAUGCGCUCCAUCGAGAGGAUGCAGCAGGAGAUGACCAAGCUGAUCUCCACCAACAAGAGAGCAGCACUUAGCAACGCAGAGGGCCACAUGGAGCGUCUGAGCCACGAGAUCGCUGAUCUGAAGAGGAGAGACAGUGAGAUCACUCAGCUGUCCCGCACUGAGGACCACAUCCACUUCAUCCAGAGUUACCACAUGCUGAUCGCCCAGACAGAGGCUGAGGAGCUGCCUACAGUGAGCGUCAACCCUUACUUCACCUUUGGCCCGGUCACUAAGGCUGUGUCUGAGAUGAAACAGCACCUGAAUGAAUUCAGCAAUGAUGAGCUGGUUAAGGUUGCCAAGACAGUCAACAAAAUGACCUUCUGUGAACUGGAUGAUUCCAAAAAGAGACGGUCAAUAAAAAAUGAUGAAGCACAACAAGCACAACAAGCACCAGCCAUGUACAAGUCUGUUCCGGUCCAGGAGCCUCAGCACAGGGACGAUUUCCUGAAAUAUGCCUGCCAGCUCACUCUGGACCCAAACACAGCCUACAGACAGAUCUACUUAUCCCGAGGGAACAGAAAAGCAGCCCUAAAGAGAGACCCCCAGAACUAUGGUGACCACUCUUCCAGGUUUGACUCCCUGCCUCAGGUCCUGUGCGUCGAGCCUCUGUUUGGAGGAGCUUAUUACUGGGAAGUGGACUGGAGCGGGGAGGGGGCCGCCCUGGGGAUCACCUACAAAGGCAUCAAGAGGACGGGAUACGCAGACAGCUGCCGCAUCGGAUACAACCGCAAAUCCUGGAGCCUGUUCUGCUCCGACGCCAGCUACUCAGCCCGACACAACAAAGACCAGCUGGAUAUCCCUGCACCCUACUCGUCACGUAUUGGGGUGUUCCUGGACCACGUUGGAGGCACUCUCUCUUUCUACGCUGUUGGGGACACCAUGUCCCUCAUCCACCGCUUCAAGGCCACCUUCAGUGAGGCUGUCUAUGUAGGCCUCUGGGUUUGGUACGAGUCAGCUGUCACCCUUAUCCAGCUGUAACUAAAUCACACACUAAUAAUGAAAAAUGUACAACUGUGAUUGAAUAAUGGUAUUGGUUUAAAGAACAACAAUCAAAAUGACCUACUAUCCUAAUGAAAUGUUAUUAUUCUAGUACAACACUUGUCAUUUUGUAUUCAUUAAACAGUAUGUGUUAGUAUCAAGUAAUGUUCUAAAUGACUGUGAAGAUUCUGCAAAUAAACACAUGUAAAAUGUAAGAUCAGGUGAAUAAAGUGCAUCUAAAUUAUCAUUAAGAAUGAUGUAGACUAUAACUGACUGUAAUAUGUGAUGUGAUCA